UCUAUCACCUUAACAAGUUGUUGAAGAUGGAAAUUGACAUGUCAAAGAUAACUCUUCGCCCAUUCAAGCUAGAAGACGCCGAUGACUUCCUCUUAUUCGCAGGCGACGAUCAGUUCACCGAGAACCUGAGGUGGAAAACACUGGCUUCAAAGCAAGAAGCUUUGGAUCACAUCAAGGAUGUGUGUAUUCCCCAUCCAUGGCGUCGAUCAAUAUGCAUCGACGAUCGUUCGAUCGGGUUCGUUUCUAUAUUUCCAUUCUCCGGCGAUGAAGACAAACAUAAGGCCAAUUUUGGAUAUGGCGUUGCGGUCAAGUAUUGGGGACAUGGGAUUGCGACGAAAGCAGCGAAACUGGCAGUGUCUCGAUUCUUUCUUGAUUUCCCAGAAGUGGUAAGGCUUGAAGCAUAUGUGGACGUGGAGAAUUUGGGUUCUCAAAAGGUUGUUGAGAAGGCAGGGUUUCAAAAGGAAGGGUUGUUAAGGAAAUAUGCAUUUAUUAAAGGCAAAUCAAGAGAUUUGGUUUUAUAUAGUUUUUGUCCACUGAUUUUCCUGUUGCUGCAGGCGAAGGUUGUCAUAGUUAAGCCGUGAGAGCUUCUCUAUGAAAAGAUCGUAGGACUUAAUAAUUUCAUGUAGAUUCCCUCGUAUGUUUUGAUGUCCAAUAAA